AUGAUAAUUCAAAUAAUGGAAAAUGAAAGCAGUAAUACAAACAGUGAAAUCGACUUGAAAAAGCGAAAGAAACUAAAACGUAAUCGUGGUGAUAUUAAUUUUGAACAAUCAAAGCUACCAAAUUCGCCAGAGAUUGAUAAUUGUGAUUUAGAAGAGUUGAAAUCUGUUUAUAGUAAAUGUAAAGCUGUUUUAAAGAAAAUAGAGGCAAAAUAUGGCCAUUUACUAAGUGCAAACGACGAUUUACAGUAUGAAACUGAAAAUUUAGGGACUUGCACAUGUAAAUUUAACAAAAAGACAGUUUUUGAUGAUGAAGGAAGACAGAUAACCCAAGAAGUAAUACCAGAUAUGCACAUUUGUCCUAAAAAGCAAGAAGUGAACUCAGUAAGUCAUAUAAAAGUGAGCAAACCUUCCAUUCAAAUAGAGCAAAGAGAGGAUUCUCUUCCAAAUAAUAUUAAGGAGCUAUCUGAUAUUCUGAAAAAUGACAAUAUUGAUAUUGUACACAGAAAUGAAGUGAUUGAAAAAAUAAGAGCUAUUAAAGAAGAUAAUUUGAACAUAAUAAGGUUUGACAGAAAACUAUUGAUAGAACGAACAAAACUAAAUCCUGAUGAGCUUAUGGAGUUUAAAGGGUCCAAUAUAUCAUCUUUAUCUGGUUAUCCAACGAAACGGUUGAAAAAUUUAUAG